AUGUGCGAUUCCAUCAUCGUAUCGAUUAUUCGCCGCUCCUCUACGGAUGCGAUAGAACAUCGAAAUCUGUCCGGCAUAGACCCAAGACCUCGUGUCUCCGACGUCGAGAAGAGACGUGGCUUGUUGCUCUCUGGCUCAUCCUGCCUUCAGCCCCGGAAGGACAGCGACCAAGCCGAUCAGUUACGACACCAGACGCCUGCGGAAAGUCCAGGGAUCCUUUCGUGCCAAGAGCCAUGUAGAAGCUUAUUGUGA